AUGGGAAAUUUCGAAAUAUUCGACUGGAAACUAACAUUCCACGACUUGCUGCACGGCCUCGGUCUUGUGAUUGCUACAUAUUGGACUGGAUGGAUUGUCUACACACGGGUGUUCCAUCCACUUGCACGAUUCCCAGGUCCAUUCUGGGCCUCUGUGUCACGAGCCUGGAUUGUGCGCUCCGUGAUUCGCGGCAAUCCCCACGAAACUCAAAGGUUGCUACAUGCACGGUAUGGCCAUGUUGUGCGAAUUGCCCCAAAUGAGCUUUCAAUAAGCGACCCCGAGGCCAUCAAAAUCAUUUAUGGAGUGAAUUCAGGCUUUAUAAAGAGCGAUUUCUAUCUGGCUUUUCGCGCACCAUAUACUCGAUAUCCAGAUCAUUUUACAUCAACAGAUGAAAAGGUCCAUGCUCAGCGGCGCCGCAUUGUGAACGGCGUAUAUACUAUGCAGAGCAUUCUUCAGUCAGAGCCCUACGUCAAUAAAUGCACAGAAGUUUUACUACAGCAACUUGAAGAUAUUGCAGACGCCAAAGCUUCCAUUGACCUGCUCGAGUGGACACGAAUGUACGCUUACGAUGUUAUUGGCGAGCUUUACUUCAGCAAAAUGUUCGGUUUAAUGAAAGCAAGAGGCGAGCAUCUUGGGAUAAUGAAGUCCACUGAUACACUGAUUCCGGCCAUGGCCAUUUCAGCUGUUAUGCCAUCGUACCUCCGAUCUUUCUUCAUGCUUGUUGGGGUGUUGUUUGCCGAGACCCGCAAGGCCCUGUCUGCCUUGAAUGACCUAGCGACCGCAGCGGACUCUGCUGUUCAGAGUCAUGUUCAAGCGUCGAGUUCUGAUGACAGUGUGAUUCGACGUACUGAUAUUAUAUCUAAAGUAUUCAACAUUCAUCGAGAUCAAGGUGAGAAGCUUGAUUUCCAGAUCGAUGAUGUGAAGCUCGAGGCUUUCGGAGGAUAUUUUGCUGGUAGUGAUACCACGGCAAUUCAUCUUUCCACGACUUUAUACUAUAUCUUGAAGAACCCAGGAGUCUACGCAGCCCUCAACAACGAGAUUGUUCAGGCCACACAGCGUGGCGAAUUGAGCUUUCCGCAUAUAUCGUACCACGAAGCGAGCAAACUGCUUUAUUUGAGCGCGUGUAUUAAGGAAGGCGCUCGUUUGCAUCCUAGUGUGGCACUUACAAUGCCUCGGAAAGUACCAUCAAAUGGUUGCAGUAUUUCGGGGCAGUGGAUUCCCGGCGGAGUCCGUGUGGGAAUUAACCCGACUGUCGUGCAACUCGACAAAACAGUCUUUGGAGACGAUGCGGAGGAAUACAACCCGGAUCGAUGGCUGAAGCCAGAUGCCGAUAAGAUGAAUAAAUACAUUCUCCAAUUUGGAGCUGGGUCAAGAAUGUGUAUGGGAAAGAACAUAUCGCUGUGCGAACUUUACAAGGUCAUCCCAGAGCUGCUUCGUUCGUACCGCCUUGAAUUAUCAAGCCCAGAGAAGGAUCUAGAGACCAGCGGGUUUUGGUUCUACAAGCCAGCGCCCAUGCACAUCCGCAUCUAUCGAAAGUAG